AUGAGGCCGGGAAGCCUAAAAGACCCCGAGAUAGCAGAACUCUUCAACAAACAUGAUCCGGAAAAGAUAUUCGAAGAUUUGCGCGAAAUCGGGCACGGUUCGUUCGGUGCGGUGUAUUACGCAAAAUGCAACCUUACGCCCGAGAUCGUCGCUAUCAAGAAGAUGUCCUACAUGGGCAAGCAGAGCAUGGAGAAGUGGCAGGAUAUCCUGAAGGAGAUACGCUUCCUGCGGCAGCUAAACCAUCCGAACACGAUCGAGUACAAGGGAUGCUAUUUGCACGAAAACACGGCAUGGCUCGUGAUGGAGUACUGUGUUGGGUCUGCUUCGGACAUCAUCGAGGUGCACAAGCGCCCGCUAAAGGAGGACGAAAUCUCCGCCAUCUGCGAUGGUGUGCUGCGAGGGUUAAGCUACUUGCACGGUCUCGGCCGAAUCCAUCGUGACAUUAAGGCUGGUAACAUUUUGCUCACCGAGCAGGGUAUAGUGAAGCUGGCCGAUUUCGGCAGUGCCGCCAUCAAGUGCCCGGCGAAUAGUUUUGUCGGAACGCCCUACUGGAUGGCACCGGAAGUUAUUCUGGCGAUGGACGAGGGCCAGUACGAUGGUAAGGUGGAUGUGUGGUCACUUGGCAUCACCUGCAUCGAGCUGGCAGAACGGAAACCUCCGUACUUCAACAUGAACGCUAUGUCGGCAUUGUAUCAUAUCGCGCAGAAUGAUGCACCAUCGCUUCAGGCACAGGAGUGGUCGGAUAUGUUCCGUAACUUUGUUGAUUUCUGUCUGAAAAAAUCACCGAUUGAUCGGCCCACGUCAACGCAGCUUCUAAAACACACGUUCGUAACAAGAGUUCGGUCGCCGAACGUGUUGAUUGAUUUAAUUGCCAGAACGAAAGCAGCUGUGAGGGAACUAGACAAUCUGAACUAUCGCAAGAUGAAGAAAAUCUUGAUGGUGGAUUGCGAGACGGAAAGCAACAUUGGCGACGCGGAAGAUACGCCGGACGAGCAGAUCGGUGGCGAUAGCAGCAAGAGCAAUAGUAUCACUUCCGAACACUCACUGCCAUCGGUCGAUCAACAGCAGCACGGUGGGGUAGGUAGCGGGCUGAUGAGGAAUUCGUCUCGAUCCCGACCGACUAAUCCGAUGUCAUCGAUGCAUAACAAUUCGGCGGGUGGCAAUGUGAGGGAUAGCAUGCUUUCGAACGUCAUGAUGGCCGGUAUCGGUGGCAGUGGAUCGGGCAGCGGCAUGAUGAUGGCUGGCGGCGGCGGAAUGGGUGGCAGCGUUGGCAUGGGCACGAGUGGAAUUCAGGGCGGUAGCGCGGGUGCGGCCGGUGGGCAAACGAAUAUCGGUGCUAACAUGGUCUAUCACCAUCAUAACUCUUCUAGUCCCGUUGCACCUUCGCACCAUCACCCGCAGCACAACCACAACCACGUGUCGCAGGUGGCGGCCAGUGUCGUCGCCGAUCACGGUGCCAACAACUUUGCUACCAUCCGUACGACCAGUAUUGUGACGAAGCAACAGAAGGAACACAUGCAGGUAAGCGAAAUGCACGAGCAAAUGUCGGGCUACAAACGUAUGCGACGGGAGCAUCAGGCCGCGCUGGUGAAGCUGGAGGAAAAGUGUAAGGUGGAGAUGGAGCAGCACAAGUCCGCCCUGGACAAGGAGUAUGACCUUUUGCUGCAUAAUUUUACCCGAGAGCUAGACAAACAAUCUGCAAAACAUCAGCAGGAGAUUGUGCGAAGGAUUAAGCAGAAUGACGCGGCAGAGAAGAAGCUGCACAAGGAAAUAUCUACCAGACAGGAGGGCGACCGGAAGGCGUUCGAAAUCCAUCGAAAGAAGGAGUACAAGGCAAACAAGGAACGCUGGAAACGGGAACUAUCGAUGGACGAUACGACGCCCAAACGGCAGCGAGAUGCAACCUUGCAAACGCAGAAGGAUAACCUCAAGCAGGCGGAACAACAGGAGGAACAGCGGUUGUUGCGGGUACAGAAAAACUACAUCGAGCUGGAGAUGCGAAAAUUCCGCAGGAAAAAAAUGGGAUUAUUGCAUGAUCUGGAGGAUCAACUGUUGCGUGACGAGCUCAGCAAGAAGCAGCAGCAACUAGAGCAAGCACAUGCCAUGCUAAUCAAACACCACGAAAAAACACAAGAUCUCGAGUAUCGCCAGCAGAAGAGCGUACAUGCACUUAGAGAAGAGCAGAUAUCAAAACAACAUGAAAGUGAACUGCGAAACCAAAAGGAGUACAUGGACAGGGCCGAGCGAGAGUUGUUACGAAGACACGCACUCGAAUUGAAACAGCAGCCAAAGAGCCUGAAGCAAAAAGAACUCCAGAUAAGGAAACAGUUUCGUGAAACGUGUAAAACACAAACAAUCCAGUAUAAGGCACUGAAGCGGCAGAUACUGCAGACAACACCUAAGGAAGAUCAAAAGGCUGUGAUAAAGCAACUAAAGGAAGAGCAACAUCGUAAGUUAACACUGCUCGGUGAUCAGUAUGAACAAAGUAUUGCUGAUAUGCUGCAGAAGCAAAGCCUUCGUUUGGACGAAAGCCAGGAAGUUGAGUGCCACCAGCUGAAGGAUCGGUUACAGUACGAGCUGGACAUUCUGACCGCUUACCAGAGCAAAAAUCGCAUGCAGGCGCAAGCGCAGCGCGACCGCGAGCGUAAGGAAUUGGAGGAUCGCGUCAGUGUAAGACGGGCACUGUUGGAGAGUAAGAUGGAAACUGAGUUGCAGCAGUUUAAUCAAGAGCGUGCCGAAAGGAUCCGCCAGCUGAAGGAGAAACACGACAAGCAGCUUGAGGCAUUCGACGAAGAGUCUGCCCGGAUGGGCUUCAGUGCACUGGCCUUAGCGGAAGCAUCGAAAGAAACGUACCCGGAUGAGGAAGGCAGCCUGUCCGGUUCAAUGCUGAGCCUGGCGCACAGUAACAGUUCCACCAGCUUCCCGGCUGGAUCUCUAUAGCAUAAGUCCUCCAAAUGGAUGACCCUGUCGAGUCAGCAUUCGAUGUAAAGCGAA